AUGCCCAAAAAGCCUUCAAUUCAUUCCGUUGAGAAACAAAUUCUUGAACACAAAGUGAAUGUUCUCUCCAAGAUUGGACAAGAGAGAAAUCAAUAUGGCUACAAAAAGUAUCGGGAACGUGAAAUGAUAGCUCAACAAAAACCAUCCAUGUACCUCCGAUAUAAACAUUUAUAUAAUAAGGAUUUGGCUCAAGAGGAAGAUGAUGUGUUUAAAUCAUCCGGAGGAAUUGAUUCCAAAGAUGAUUUUUUGCAAGAAAUUAUCAAUCCCGAUAGUUCAAAGAACAAUGAAGAGGAUGACUUUUUUAUUGAUCCUGAAAAGAUGAGUAAAAAGAAGGAGAAGAAGCUUGCCAAGCAAUUAAAAUAUAAACAAUUUGAAGAAAAGAAAUUUACGACAUUGGAUGGAGAAGUGAUUAAUUUUAAUGACGCUUCCGAAAAGGGCAAUAAGAAGAGAAAGAGAGAAUAUGGAGAGAAUGUGAACACUCCUGAUUUACAAACUCAAAAGCGACUGGAUCCAAAAAGUUACAAGAGAACGUCAAUUUUAUUCCAAUACCACAAAAGUCAAACAAAUUGUUGA